CUACUGUCAUGGAGGAAAGGAGCUCCCGUGUGUGACGUUACGUAUCCAUGUGACGUCACCAAGUGUUAUUUAAGCGAUGUUUUAAGGCUCACCGAGUCACCGCAGGAAAGACACCCGAUCAUCGGACAAACUCACCGAGAGGAAAAAGUAGACCUAUGGCUCUCAGAGGUGCUGUCACUCGUCUGCUGUCAAACAGCAAAAAAUGUGCUGCUGUCACUGUGUCCAGAGCCCAGGGCACAGCUGCUGCAGUUUCCAGAGAUGCUGAAGAAAUCAAAAAGCCGGCCAAGGCACCCAAGGUGUCAUUCAACUGGCGGGACGCCCUGGAACUGGAGGGUCAGCUGACAGAGGAGGAGAUCAUGAUCCGGGACUCCUUCCGCGACUACUGCCAGGAGAAACUCAUGCCCCGCAUCCUAAUGGCCAACAGAAAUGAACAUUUCCACAGGGAGAUUGUCUCAGAGAUGGGAGAGUUGGGUGUCCUGGGCCCAACUAUUAAAGGGUACGGCUGCGCAGGCACUAGCUAUGUGGCAUACGGCUUGAUUGCCAGAGAGGUUGAGAGAGUGGACAGCGGGUAUCGGUCAGUCAUGAGUGUCCAGUCUUCACUGGUCAUGCACCCCAUCAACGCUUACGGCACAGAGGCCCAGAAGGAGAAGUACCUGCCCCGCCUUGCCACUGGAGAAAUCAUGGGCUGCUUCGGCCUGACAGAGCCCAACCACGGCAGCGAUCCCAGCGGCAUGGAGACCAAGGCCAAAUACAACCCAUCCAGUGGCACCUUCACCAUCAGUGGAGCCAAGACCUGGAUCACAAAUUCCCCCGUGGCAGACAUCGCAGUGGUGUGGGCAAAGUGUGAGGAUGGCAGGGUGCGAGGUUUCAUCUUGGAGCGUGGAAUGAAGGGUUUUGCCACCCCCAAGAUUGAGGGCAAGUUCUCGCUGAGGGCAUCUGCCACUGGCAUGAUCCUGAUGGAUGAAGUGGAAGUUCCCCAGGAGAACCUGCUGCCCAACGUCUCUGGUCUCGCUGGUCCCUUUGGUUGUCUGAACAACGCUCGGUAUGGCAUUGCCUGGGGAGCUCUGGGAGCUGCUGAAUUCUGCUUCCACGCUGCCCGUCAGUACACUCUGGACAGAAUCCAGUUUGGGGUGCCACUGGCCAGGAAUCAGCUGAUGCAGAAGAAAAUGGCUGACAUGCUGACAGAGAUCACCAUCGGGCUGCAGUCAUGUCUGGCCCUGGGAAGACUUAUUGAUGAGAAGAAAGCAGCACCAGAGAUGAUCUCCAUGCUGAAGAGGAAUAGCUGUGGCAAAUCUUUGGAUAUUGCCAGGCAGGCAAGAGACAUGCUGGGAGGAAAUGGCAUCGCAGACGAGUACCACAUUAUCCGUCAUGUCAUGAACCUGGAAGCCGUCAACACAUAUGAGGGAACUCAUGACAUUCAUGCCUUGAUCCUGGGCCGAGCGAUCACUGGACUGCAGUCCUUCACUGUUGGAAAGUAAAGGCUCCUCGCCAUCUUCUUGAAAUGGACUUGAUGUGGAUUUGAACUGGAGUACCUGUUCAUCUGACCUCUGCAAAACAUGGCCUGAUUGGGCAAACUUCAAUGUGUAGAAGGUGGUUGAAGCUUUGCCUGGUGGGAUAAAUCACAAAUACCUCAUUAUGUUUGUACUUUUUCAAAUACCUGAUAGGAGCUGAUUGCUACAGCCCCUCUUCUUUGGUACUUCAGGCGAGUUUUUAAGUUCAACCUCACAAAGCAAUGGGUCCAACUGUCAUAAUGCUUGUACAGUUGUCUGAAGCACACUUCAGGAACUGAUUAUGAGGCAGGUGCAUGUAAAGUUGUGGCAUUAUGAGUUUUAUUUUGUGAUAAUUUAAUAUGUAAAUAAAGGACUUUGAAUGAGUGAAAA